GCUGCAGCCCUCGCGCCAGAGUCCCCGGACUCGCGCUUUUCUCUUCCAGUUGCUGCAUCCACUCUCCACCACGUUCCACCAUGUCCGACGUGGCCGUGGACACCAGCUCCGAGAUCACCACCAAGGACCUGAAGGAGAAGAAGGAGGUGGUGGAGGAGGCAAAGAACGGGAGAGACGGUCCCGCCAACGUUAACGCAAAUGAGGAAAACGGAGAGCAGGAGGCGGACAAGGAGGAAGGAGGAGAGGAAGAGGAGGAAGAGGGUGACUGGGAGGAGGAGGAGGAGGAGGCCAAGGCCACAACAGGCAAGCAGGCAGCAGAGGACUAUGACAACGUGGACACCAAGAAGCAGAAGACCCACUAA